UGUGAUUUACAUGUUAAUCGUCUUUCAGCAAACGCUAUUUCACCUGGAAGUAGAAAGUACACACGUGAAAGAGCUUAAGUACUGCGAGAAUCGCCUUUAUAGUACUGUACGUAAUAUCGUUGAAGACUCCGCUAAACGUAUUCAUUACGUUUGUAUUUACACGUAAAACCGGCAGUUUGCGUUUUGAUAACAACAAUGACAUUUCCCCUCGCAAAAUAGCGAUCUUAAUGUACAUACUGGACUUCCACCCCGGAAGUUCUCGUGUCACGUUUUUCCCAGCUUGCUUGUUCUACUUUUUCGCAAACAGUGAAGCCAAUUCGUCUUCUUCAGUCUUGUGACUCAUCGACACGCUUGCACCUUUGCCGAACCAUACCAUGGCCCAGUACGAACAAGUGAACGUGCGCGGCUACAGCGAAUUCUGCAAGGCUGUGGCAGACAGGCCGGGCAAGGACAUUUUUGCGUACUUCUGUGGCGACAAAGAUGAGCAGGGCAAGAGCUGGUGUCCAGAAUGUGUCAAAGCUGAGCCAAUAUUAAAAGGAGCAAUGGGCGUCCUCCCCCUGGGCUCUGUCUUCAUCUACUGUCAAGUUGGUGAAAGGAACUAUUGGAAGGACGCAAGCAACGAGUUCAGGACAACUCUGAAGCUGACUGGUGUGCCAACCCUGCUGCGAUACGGCACCCCUCAAAAGCUGGUGGAGGAGGAAUGCUUCAAAGAGGAUCUGGUGAGGAUGAUGUUCACAGAAGACUGAGAGAGAUAACAUGUGCCUUUAACCACACUCAAAAUAAAUCACCAAACACAAUAAAGCGCUUCUUCAUUACACUCAAUGAACUAUACGCCCAUCUCAUAUCAAAAUACAAGGACUUUGUGAAGACGUCAUGCUUUUUUUUUUUUUAUAAUCAUCUGUGUUUGUCUUGUUGUCACAGUCAAUAAAGUUAUGCUUGUUGCA